GUGGCAUGGCUCUAGAAUCGCAAUCCUCCUGUUCAGCUUUGCUAUCCAGAGACGGGAGCUGGAGCGGCUGAACCCGGUGGCGCCAGCAGCGCCAAACAGCGUCAUGCAAGUUGUUCAAGCAGACGAGAUGGAAACGUCCGUUGAAUCGCCGCGGAAAAGACGGCAUGCAACAUUGGAGCUCUCUGCGGGGUUUCACUGAACAAUAUUGGCGCCAGCUGAAGUCCAGCCUUAUUUCAUAGCUUGGUACACCUCGCGAUUUGUCUUAGUAUGGGAAAGCACCUGUUGUCCUGCGUAAAGGCCCCUUCUCGCGAUGCCUCUUUCUUUAAAAGGACGAGGGUGUCCGUCGUGUUCUUUUGAGCCAUGUGUAUGGCGCUGGCGGCAUAUUUAUCCAACAGAGUACGAAAGAAAUGGAACACACCACUUCUCCAGCGUUUUAUCAGGGCGGUGACCUUCAUACCCAACAGCAGCCACUCAUGACUUUUGAAUCGAAGCCGCAGUACGAAGGAUUUGCCCGCAAGCCUGUACCGUAUGCGUCGGAAGCGCUGGAUCGGCCUACGGAUAGUUAUCCCGUGGUAAACAAGGACUCACAAGGACGUACAAAGCGCGCAGGGUUCAUCUGGACGUGGGAGGUUAUCUUUCUAGCUCUUGGAUGCCUAGCGUUUAUCGCCGUUGUCCUCCUUUUGCGGGAGUUUGAAAAUAAGGGCCUCAGUGCUUGGAAAGCGCUUAUUUCCAUAAACGCCGUUGUAUCUAUUUUAUCGGCGAUCUUCCGGGCAGCGCUAGCAGUGCCAAUCUCCAAUGGUAUGUGCCCUUUGCCUUCGUUCUUCUUCUUCGAGGGGAUACCUAAAUCAGUCACAUUUCUCACCCCGCUUAGGAAUCAGUCAGCUAAAGUGGCUAUCAUUUGCCAAGAAGAGACAGAGGCUGGCCAAUGCCGACACAUUUGAUCUCGCAAGUCAUGGCGCUUGGGGAUCCCUAACAUUGCUGGCGAGGCAGUUUAGUGGCGAGCGACUUUCUACAAUUGCCAGUCUCGGCGCAUUCAUCACACUUGUUGCUGUAAUUAGCGAUCCCUUCUCCCAGGCGAGCGUGUCGGUUGAGCUCUGCGAUUUUGUUGGACCCCGAGAUGCCGCUAUCCCCCGCCACUACAACUACACCACAUCGUUCCACACUGGUGCAGGGCAAAGCGAAUUGACUGUUGAUAUGCAGUUUGCCCUUAUGCAGGGUCUUUACAAUCAACCACAGAACACAUCGGAGGGCAUUGCCAAGAGUGUUGUUUGCCCCUCAGGCAACUGUACCUUUGCAGAUCCAGUGGUGACGAUUGAUAUGUGCCAUUCAUGUAUGGAUAUCACAGACAAGAUCGUACAGAAUGGAACUUUGUAUACUCUCGACGGGUACAAUUUUACGGGCAACUUUGGCGCUUUGAACUCCGGGCAGAUUGCCAACUAUGGUAGCGCGAUCGCCAUGGACAGUGGCGGUGGUCCGGCUCCUUGGAAAGCAACGCAAAUGUGGCCAGAUGGUGACUGGCAACGAACAGGGAUGUUUGAUUUCCAAGGCUUAGCGUAUGUCACCAAGAAUGUCAACUGUCAAGGGCGUCAGGACUGCGACUGGAAGAUGUUUGCUUUCGACUGUAGUCUUCAGCCAUGCGCCAAGACGUACUCUGCAAAGGUGUCCAACGGUAGAUAUGCAGAGAAGGAGCUCUCUCGUCAGUAUCUGCAUCAUGUUCCAGGCAAGGAGUAUUUCCAGCUCGCGUUAAAUAGGACCUUCUUGAAUGGCGUCUGGGAGAACUGUGUUGCAGAGGACCACGCGACCUCUACAAACACGGUGGAAAUAGUGUUGCCACAGAUACAAGCUAUGAAUCCGCUACCGUCUGUGGGUGAUAAGUAUCCAUCUGUCUGGCAACGCCCCGAAUGCACUCAUUUAUUUGGCUACGGGCCGUGGAAUGCUCUGGGUGAAUAUUUCCCCAAAUACUUUCGGGCUGUACGUCUGACAGCCCAACCCGGGUUUAUAUUCCAGGGUGAUGGCUGGGUCAAGAAGCUGUGGAACAAUGGGCAGAUGACUAUGGAUACAGUCAACAACUUUACAGAAGGGCUGGCUAUUGCCGUUGGCAGCGAGAUGCGGCGCAACGGUGACACUUGCUUUGAGCUAUCCUCUAGUAAGGGUUGUGACGGCCCUCUACCAGCGAGUUUGAUGAGAACCCAGGGAGACAUGCACGACCUGCAACCGUGUAUAAAAGUGCACUGGGGGUUUCUGUCGUUUUUAGCAGCCAUGCUGGGCCUCGAAUUGGUCUUUUUUGUUGCCGUUCUUGCAGCCAGCAACCGUAACCAGUCGUGGCAGGAAGACUGGAAAGGCGCAACGCUCCCAAUGCUUACAGGAGCCGUAGAUCACGGCAGAGGCCGUGGUUCAAGUGCAGGUAAGCGGGCGGCGGAGUUUUAUGAUGAAGCCAAGAGUAUCCAGGUUCAGCUGGUGGAGGACCGUGGGCGAUGGGCAUUCACAACAGAUGUCAAUGAGGACGUCUGAUGGCGUUGUGGGACAUCAUGGCGUAUUCUUGGGAGUGUUGUAGGCUUUAAUUUCACUAUUAAGGAUGAAAUUUGAUUCUAGUUUUAGACAUGUUGAGUUCUGUCAAAUACUUGAACUGAUUUGCGUGCACCAAUUCGACGAGCUGGCCGUAUGUGGUGGUGACAGUCCAAGCCUUGUACAGUAUGGCACUGUCCUAACACACAUAUGCA